CAAAAUUUUAACUAACGACAUCCUCUCUUUUUUUUUUUUUUUUUUUUUUUUUCAUUGUCAACGUAUAAGCUCCUCGAGAACGCGCUCAAGUUUACGACGACGGGCUUCGUAGAGAUCUCGGCCGUGUCACCUCCUAUGUCUUCAUUGCCCCUCAGACCCCCACAGCCCGAACUGCGCCCUAUUCUGUUUACUGUUCGAGACACCGGCAAGGGCAUCUCGCCCGAGUUUGCUCAAUUGCAUCUUUUUCAACGAUUCUCUCAGGAAGAUCCUCUGCAGGUUGGCACAGGACUGGGACUGGCCCUAGUAAAGCUGCUGGUGGAGAGCUUGGGCGGCUGGCUCGAGAUUUACAGCGAGGGUAUCGAGGGCAAGGGCUGUGUUGUCCGAGUCCUGGUUUGGGCCACACCGGCCACGAACGAGACAAAGUCUCUCAAGGACGAACAAGGAGCCUGGCAGGAAAAGUCCUGCCGAUUCUACACGGGCGAAUCCGCUUUGAGCACGGACAGAUUGUGGAAGAUCAUGGGCGAGCGCAUGAUUGCCCAGGAUCUGAACAUGAAUGUGGAACGUGGAAACGAGCAAGAUAUUAGUCCAGAGGACAUGUUGCGCGACUUGAACGACCAGUCGCCAUGCGAUCUACUGAUUUUCAACGACGAUCUGGCCCGCCUCAAGGCCUAUCUCUCCUAUUGGACGGACGAGCACCAAAAAGCGAUGGGACAAGACAUUGACUCUUCCAAGGUUCCUACUCCGCUGCUGAUGCUGAUCUCCAUCUGGAAGCACAAGAAGGCCCAAGCUCUCAUCGACGCCUACGUGGAAUCCUGGCGUGAGCGUGGUGGAUCAGACCGCGCUGCGACAGUGGUGCUCAUGCCUAAACCUUUUGGUCCACUCAAGCUGCUGGGCUGCCUACGCAGCUGCUUUGCAACGAAUGAUGAUGCCCGGUCUCUGCACGAUCAUCCAGAGCUGACGGACAAAACUGAGGACGGCGCGAUGAUGACGCAACCGAGCAUGAUGCCUCUGAUGCGAUCUGCGACAGUACCCCAUAUCACCACCAUGGCAAUGGGCGUCCAGGAUAACCGUAUGCUUUCUGCGGGAAUCAUGAUCAAGUCGUCUUUCAAAUUCCCAGCCUCACCUGCGCCUCUCACGGAACUUGGUAGCGCCCCAGUGCCUCCUCAUUCGCCCGGUGGACUUGUUAUUGGUCCAAAGGACCCACCCACGGUUCUUUCAGAUAGCGACUCUCAAUCCUCACUGAGUGAUGGCUCUGUCACGGCCCCCAGAACUGAUCGUGACCCAAGUGUGAUCAAGCCCAAGACCCAGAGAUCGAUCCGGAAGUUUAUGAGCCAUCGAAGCGGAUCAGCGAGGGCGAUGGGCAAGAAAUCGAGCCUGAACGAGGUAGAGACAAUCAACUCGGGAAAGUCGACAGUUGUCCUCGGUGAACCACUUGUGUCCGAGGGCUCGGACCAGCUGGGGAUGCUCAAGCCUGUUCCACGGGUGCUGAUUGUGGAGGACAACAUGACGAACCGGAUGAUUCUGAGGACGUUUUUGAAAAAGCGCGGGGUCUCUGUGGUGGAGGCAGAGAACGGCAAAUUGGGAGUGGAACGGUUCCAGGAGGAGGUCUGGAGACGGCAGGGGCGAUCCGGGUUUGAGUUUGUGCUGAUGGAUCUGCAGAUGCCGAUUAUGGACGGACACCUGGCGACGAAGCGGAUCCGCGAGUUUGAGCACAGCAUGGCAAAGCAGCAUGGACUCUCUACACCAGAGGUGUCGGACAUCUCUGAGAUGGACAAGCUUUCGGAAGCCCAGGACAUCCCAGAGUUUGAGAAGAGGGGGUAUCGUCCGACGACGAUCUUUGCGUUGACGGGUCUCGCGGGCGAGGAGGAUAAGCGGUUGGCGUUCGAGUCGGGUGUGGAUGGGUACUUGACCAAGCCCGUGAGUCUGAAGACCCUCGGAGCAUUGCUUUCGAGCUGCCAUCCUAGCUAUGAGGAGUGUCUCAACUAAAAAAAUGUUCGGAUCCGGGGGGAGGGGUCCUCACCCCUGUCUCUUUUUUUUUUUUUCUUUGUGUUUUUUUUUUCUUUGUUUUCCUUUGCAUUCAUCCUUUUCUUUGAUCUUUUGAAGAUUCCGUAUUUUAUUUCGUCUACCUUGUAUAGUUUUAUUUUAUACCGCCUAUUUUA